GGAGCAGGUGGUAGAGUAUAUUGGGACCUUUACUGUUCCUAAUAUACAUAAACGACAUGUCAUCGGCAUGCGACUGUGAAUUGUUUUUGUUUGCGGAUGACUCUGCCUUGCUGGUAUCCGGCAAGGACAAGUCACAGGUGGAGAAAAUCCUCAGUGCUGAGCUCUGUAGAACUUGCACCUGGCUCGCUGACAACAAGCUAUCCAUACACUUGGGUAAAACAGAAUCCAUCCUGUUUGGGUCCCACAUCAACCUCAAGAAAGUCAAUGACUUCACCAUAAAAGUGGGUGACAUUGUUAUCACCAGGAAAGAUGAGGUCACCUACCUAGGUUCCAUUCUAGAGGCUAACCUUUCCUGUGAUAAAAUGGCAACCAAGGUAAUCAAAAAGGUUAACCAACGAACGAGAUUUCUCUACAGAAUCUCCUCUCUGGUCAGCAAAAGCACCUUGAGGAUUCUGGCGGGAACUCUCGUUCAACCCUUUUUCGAUUACGCAUGCACCUCCUGGUACCCUAGCACCUCCAAAACCCUCAAAUCAAAACUCCAAACAUCUCAGAACAAGCUAGUCAGGUUACUGCUAGACCUCCACCCCAGAUCCCACCUCACUCCUACCCACUUCUCUAAAGUGGGCUGGCUCAAGGUGGAGGACAGAGUUAAACAACUACCACUGAGCCUAGUCUAUAAAAUCCGCUACACCUCCCUGAUACCGAAGUACAUGUCAAACUACUUCCUUAACGUAAAUGACCGCUAUAACCACAACACCAGGGGGAGCUCCACUAACCACGUUAAACCCAGAUUCCGAACUAACAAAGGUCUUAACUCAUUCUCUUUCUAUGCCACAUCAAUGUGGAAUGCGCUCCCAACAGGUAUAAAAGAAAGGGCAUCUCUAUCCUCCUUCAAAACCGCAAUAAAAGUUCACCUCCAGGCAGCUACAACCCUAAACUAACACCCUCCCCGGAUUGCUAACAAUCAAAUGUAAACAAUCAAAUGCAGAUACUUUUUCUUAUGCCUUCUGAUCUCUCUCUCUCUCUCUCUCUCUCUCUCUCUCUCUCUCUCUCUCUCUCUCUCUCUCUCUCUCUCUCUCUCUCUCUCUCUCUCUCUCUCUCUCUAUGUCCACUACUUGAUGUCCAUAUUCUACUCCCCCACCCCCCUCCACACCCCUGAUUGUAAAUAAUGUAAAUAAUUAAUUGUGAUUAUCUUGUGUGAUGACUGUAUUAUGAUGAUAGUAUAUAUGAUAGUAUAUAUCUGUAUCAUGAAUCAAUUUAAGUGGACCCCGACUUAAACAAGUUGAAAAACUUAUUCGAGUGUUACCAUUUGGUGGUCAAUUGUACGGAAUAUGUACUUCACUGUGCAACCUACUAAUAAAAGUCUCAAUCAAUCAAUCAAAAGACAGAGUAAAACAACGUGCACUGAGCCUAGUCUAUAAAAUCCGCUACACCUCCCUAAUACCGAAGUACAUGUCAAACUACUUCCUUAACGUAAAUGACCGCCAUAACCACAACACCAGAGAGAGCUCCAUUAACCACGUUAAACCCAGAUUCCGAUCUAACAAAGGUCUUAACUCAUUCUCGUUCUAUGCCACAUUAAUGUGGAAUGCACUCCCAACAGGUGUAAAAAAAAGGGCAUCUCUAUCCUCCUUCAAAACCGCACUAAAACAACACCUCCAGGCAACUUCAACCCUAAACUAACGCCCUCGCUUCCACAUCAUACCUCUUCGGAUUGCAAAUAAUCAAAUGUAAAUAAUCAAAUGUAGACACUUUUUCUUAUACUUUCUGAUCUCUCUCUGUGUGUCCACUACUUGCUGUACAUAUCCUACCAAGUCAGACAUACACUGUUCCGAUGUCCAUUUCUCUGAUGAUGCAAUUGUUAAUGACUGAAGUGUUGAUACAUCUAACACCCCGCCCCCUCCAUAUCCCACACCCCGGAUUGUAAAUAAUGUAAAUAAUUCAUUGUAUAUACUCUGAUGAUUAUCUUGUGUGAUGGCUGUAUUAUGAAAAUAGUAUAUAUCUGUAUCAUGAAUCAAUUUAAGUGGACCCCGACUUAAACAAGUUGAAAAACGUAUUCGGAUGUUUUUAGUGGUCAAUUGUACGGAAUAUGUACUUCA